UUCGCCUGGGAGCGAGGGCGAUUACGGAGCCAGGCAGAUGGGAGCCCUUUGGGACAGGUUCAAGAGGCUUAAAUCGGAGAGACACGUGGGAGCAGGGAGCUAACGGCCUUUUAAUUACAGCCCUGCCAGAGCCAGCGGGGCUGAGGGAGAGCAGCUAUCGCCUGGCAGCCGUGCCAUGCCAUGGGCAACCAUGCCGUGCCGUGAGCAGCCGUGCCGUGCCGUGAGCAGCCGUGCCGUGCCAUGCCAUGCCAUGAGCAGCCGUGCCGUGCCGUGCCGUGAGCAGCCGUGCCGUGCCAUGCCGUGCCGUGAGCAGCCGUGCCAUGCCAUGCCAUGCCAUGGGCAACCAUGCCAUGCCGUGAGCAGCCGUGCCAUGCCGUGAGCAGCCGUGCCGUGCCGUGCCGUGCCGUGAGCAGCCGUGCUGUGCCAUGCCAUGCCACGGCGUAAGCUCACUGAGGAGCGAGUCAGCUGAGACUUGUGUUUCUCCUCCCACAGAGGAGAGGGGCUGCGAGUAGCGGCCACAUACUCUGCAGAUGUUCCCGAGCCCCUUCCCCAGCCCGAUGCCCUCCCUGGUGCCUCCCGCCGCCGGUUCUCUCCUCCCGGCAAAGCCUCCUGCCGGGAAAGGGGCCCGUGUGAGCACCGCAGCCGGUGUGUUUCGGCUGCAAGUGACAAUUGUGCUUUUGUUUUGCCUAGCAGGGAGGAGGGCAGGCGGGAAUUUGGCUGCCCAGAAAGCUGCCAGGAACUCUUUAUGCCACAAUUAAGCACCUGCUACAAGAGAGCAAAUAAGCCAAAUCAUGCGGCUGCAAACAAGCUUUACGGGUUCCUUCCCCGUGACCCACUCCAAGAAGAAGAAAGCUCAAAGCUGCAGCUCGGCUGCUCGCAGCUCCCGUUGCAGGGGAAUAAAUAGCUUUGCCGUGAAGCCGAUAGCUUCGCCGCCGGCUCGCGGUCCCGGUGUGGGCACGGAGGCAGUACCGGGAGCUGCCUAUGCCCGGCUCAAAAGCCAAAGGGCUUCCCCCUCCCCAAAUAAGCGACUCCAUCUCCUUCUGCUAUGGAGAGAGAGAUCCCUGUCCUGCGAGUUAGGUCCCAAUUAAUGGAUUCUGACAUGGAUUAUGAGAGGCCAAACGUAGAAACUAUCAAGUGCGUCGUGGUCGGGGACAACGCGGUGGGCAAGACCCGGCUCAUCUGUGCCCGUGCCUGCAACGCCACGCUGACCCAGUACCAGCUCCUCGCCACCCACGUGCCCACGGUGUGGGCCAUCGACCAGUACCGCGUCUGCCAGGAGGUGCUGGAGCGCUCCCGGGAUGUGGUAGACGACGUUAGUGUGUCCUUGCGGCUCUGGGACACCUUUGGUGACCACCACAAAGACAGACGCUUUGCCUAUGGCAGGUCCGACGUCGUGGUUUUGUGCUUCUCCAUCGCCAACCCCAACUCCCUGCACCAUGUGAAGACCAUGUGGUACCCAGAGAUCAAGCACUUCUGUCCCCGCGCGCCCGUCAUCCUGGUGGGCUGCCAGCUCGACCUGCGCUAUGCCGACCUGGAGGCCGUCAAUCGGGCACGGCGACCCUUGGCCAGGCCAAUCAAACCUAACGAGAUUCUUCCCCCAGAGAAGGGGAGGGAGGUGGCCAAGGAGCUGGGGAUCCCCUAUUACGAGACAAGCGUGGUGGCCCAGUUUGGCAUCAAGGACGUCUUUGACAAUGCCAUCCGUGCCGCCCUCAUCUCCCGCCGUCACUUGCAGUUCUGGAAAUCCCACCUCCGCAACGUGCAGCGGCCCCUGCUCCAAGCCCCCUUCCUGCCCCCCAAGCCCCCUCCGCCCAUCAUCAUCGUCCCGGAUCCCCCUUCCAACAACGAGGAGCGCCCAGCCCACCUCUUGGAGGACCCCCUGUGCGCGGACGUCAUCCUGGUGCUGCAAGAGAAGAUCAAAAUCUACGCACACAAGAUCUACCUCUCCACCUCCUCCUCCAAAUUUUACGACCUGUUCCUCAUGGACCUGAGCGAGGAGGACCAGCAGAGCGCUGCGGGGCACGGCUUCGGGGUGGCCGUCACCGCGACUGCCGAGCGGAUGCUGCACCAAGAGGAGAGGCACCACGGGCGGGAUUUCCUCCUCCGAGCCGCUAGCUUUGAUAUCUGUGAGAGCACCGAGGAGGCCGGAUCCGGCCAGCGCAAACCGUGCCUUAGAGCUUCCACCAGUGACGGGAUCCUGCGGGGCAACCGCUAUGAGAACGGGGAGCAUGGGCUGCGGCGGGGAAGGGACCUCUCCUCUUGGAGCCGGGCUUUCACCAGCAUCCAGGAGGAGAUGGCAGAAGACCCGCUGACCUACAAGUCCAAGCUCAUGGUGGUGGUGAAGAUGGAUGCUUCCAUCCAGCCGGGUCCUUUCCGGGCCGUGCUGAAGUACCUGUACACAGGGGAGCUGGAUGAAAAUGAGCGGGACCUCAUGCACAUUGCUCACAUCGCUGAGCUGCUGGAGGUGUUUGACCUCCGGAUGAUGGUGGCCAACAUCCUCAACAACGAGGCGUUCAUGAACCAGGAGAUCACCAAAGCCUUCCACGUCCGGAGGACCAACCGGGUGAAGGAAUGCCUGGCCAAGGGGACUUUCUCAGAUGUCACCUUCGUGCUGGAUGACGGUGCUAUCAGUGCCCACAAGCCCCUGCUCAUCUCCAGCUGCGACUGGAUGGCCGCGAUGUUCGGCGGCCCCUUUGUGGAGAGCUCCACCAACGAGGUGGCACUUCCUUACACCAGCAAGAGCUGCAUGCGGGCGGUGCUGGAGUACCUCUACACCGGGCAGUUCAGCUCCAGCCCCGACCUCGACGACAUGAAGCUCAUCAUCCUCGCCAACCGCCUCUGCCUGCCGCACCUGGUGGCUCUCACCGAGCAGUACACCGUCACCGGCCUGAUGGAGGCGGCGCAGAUGAUGGUGGACAUCGAUGGGGACGUGCUCGUGUUCCUGGAGCUGGCUCAGUUCCACUGCGCCUACCAGCUCGCCGACUGGUGCCUCCAUCACAUCUGCACCAACUACAACAACGUCUGCCGCAAGUUCCCCCGGGACAUGAAGGCCAUGUCGGGAGAGAACCAGGAGUACUUCGAGAAGCACCGCUGGCCGCCGGUGUGGUACCUGAAGGAGGAGGAUCACUACCAGCGGGCGAAGAAGGAGCGGGAGAAGGAAGACUACCUCCACCUCAAACGGCAGCCCAAGAGGCGAUGGCUCUUCUGGAACGCCUCCUCCUCCCCUUCCUCCUCUCCUUCAUCGUCGGCAGCCACAGCCUCCUCUUCUUCCUCCUCCUCCUCCUCCUCGGCUGUGGUUUGAAAGCCCAUCCUUGCCCUGGCUCCAGCAUCCCUGGGAGGAGACGGGGAGGAGGAGGAGGAGGAGGAAGGGUGGGAUGACCUGCCCCAGCGCCAGGCGUGGAGCGGAUGCCCCUGGCCGAAGCCCCAGAGCAGACGGUGGUAGCAGGGGCCCGUGCCCCCGGCACUCCUGGAGCCCUGCUCUCCCCGCGCCGUGGCUGCCAGCACGCUGCAGGACUGGCAGAGACUGAGCAGCAGGAGAAACUCAUGUUUACAGGAGCACGAGGGCUGUAUUGUGGUUUUAUUUUGGGGUUUGUUUUUUAUUUGACCAUCAGCAGCAUGAGGAAGAAGAAGAAAAAAAACCCCAUCCCGCUUCCACUUUACUUUGUAACCAGAAGCCGCGGGAUACGGUUGGUUUGUCUGAUGGCAUCUCGCCACCCUGGGAAGCCGGAGCCGCUGUGGGGGUCCCGCCGCCCCCUUCGACUUGCAGCAGGGUCAGGCAGGGUGCAGGGGACCCCGGUCCCCAAAUGCCUCCAGGCACUGCAGCAUCCCUCCUUCUACUCACAAGUGGGGUCUGUCCUAAUUUGGGGAGCGGGAGGGGACAGGAGCCCUCUCCUCCCUGCUUCUUAACUUUUCAUUUUCAUUUAAAAAGAAAACUUAAAGAAAAAAAAAAAAAGUCAAUCCCAAACCCACCCCCCAACCUGCCACACCAGAAACCAACCCCAGGCCCUUGGCUUGGGAUUUUAGCCUGGAAGGCUCCAUUGUAAUAAAUGGUAUUUUAAAAGCC